AUGGGUAAUUGUUUUAGUAACCAUUUUGGCAAAAACAAACGUGUUUGGGUUUUAAUGAUAGGUCUUGAUGCUGCUGGGAAAACGACAAUAUUGUACAACCUAAAAUUUAACGAAUAUGUUGAUACUAUACCAACAAUAGGAUUUAAUAUUGAGGAUGUUCACUACAAAAGAAUCGUUUUUAAUGUGUGGGAUAUCAAUGGAAGCUCAGGUAUACGACCAUUGACACGUCAUUACUAUAGUAAAACACAAGCUAUAAUUUAUGUGAUAGACACAAACGACCAGGACCGCAUUAAUGAAGCAAAAGAAUUUGUUCAUCAGUUUUGUAAAGAUGAAGAAAUCAUGAACGUGCCAAUUCUUUUCUAUUUGAAUAAAAUUGAUUUGCCAAAUGCUUUGGCUAAACAAGAAAUCAUUGAUAAAAUGGAACUUCAAUCAAUAGUCGGACAUGAGUGGGCGUGCCAAGAAUGUUGUGGAACAACUGGGUAUGGCUUAUAUGAAGGACUCAACUGGUUAUAUUCAAAAUUCAUUUAA